CUCAGAGCAGACGCCAUGACGUCCAUACUCUCUGUUCUCUGCCUUGGGCUGAGGCUGGAUUUGAGGACCCGUGUGCAGGCAGGGCCCCUCCCCAAACCCACCAUCUGGGCUGAGCCAGGCACUGUGAUCCCCUGGGGGAUCCCCGUGACAAUCUGGUGUCAGGGGGCCCCAAGGGCUGAGGUGUACCGACUGCAUAAAAAGGGAAGCACAGCAUCCUGGUACCAACUGAUGACACUGAAUCCCGGGGACAGAGCCAAGUUCUCCAUCAGACACAUGAGAAAUCCUGAUGCUGGGAGAUAUCACUGUUACUAUUACAGUCCCAGUGGGCAGUCAAAGCGCAGUGACCCCCUGGAGCUGGUGGUGACAGGAUCCUCCAGGAAACCCAGCCUCUCAGCCCUGCCCAGCCCUGUCAUGACCUCAGGAGGGAACGUGACCCUCCAGUGUGGCUCAGGGCAGGGAUUUGACAGUACAGGGGCACCUGGGCCAGAGACACAGAGAGAGACAGUGAGACCUGGGAAGCAGGCCAGCAGAAGGAGGUUAUGGAGGAGCAGCCCCUGUAAUUCACGUCUGGUCUCCUCAGGUAAGUCUGGGAAGCCCUCCCUCCUGAGCCAGCAGGGCCCCAUCGUGGCCUCUGGACAGAACCUGACCCUCCAGUGUCGCUCUGAUGUCGGCUAUGACAGAUUCGCUCUGCACAAGGAACGGGGACGGGACCUCCCCCAGAGUAUUGACCUGAAGCCCCAGGCUGGGCUCUCUCAGGCCCACUUCCCCCUGGGAAGUGUGAGCAGCUCCCACGGGGGCCGGUACAGAUGCUACGGUGGAUACAACCUCUCCUCUGAGUGGUCGGCCCCCAGUGACCCCCUGGACAUCCUGAUGGCAGGACACCUGCCUGACACACCCUCCCUCUCGGUGCAGCCAGGCCCCAGGGUGGCCUCAGGAGAGAACGUGACCCUGCUGUGUCAGUCACAGAGCCCGUGGGACACGUUCCUUCUGUCCAAGGAGGGGUCAGCUGAUCCCCCUCUGCUUCUGAGAUCAGAGGAUGGAGCUCAGCAGUUCCAGGCGGAGUUCUCCAUGAGCCCUGUGACCUCAGCCCACGGGGGCACCUACAGGUGCUACAGCUCACUCAGCACCUCCCCCUUCCUGCUGUCACUCCCCAGUGAGCCCCUGGAGCUUCUGGUCUCAGGACCCUCUGGAGGCCCCAGCCCCCCACCCACAGGGCCCACCUCCACAGCUGCCUCCAAACCCCAUGACUACACAGUGGAGAAUCUCAUCCGGAUGGUCAUGGCUGGCUUGGUCCUGGUGGUGCUCGGGGUGCUGCUAUUUCAGGCUCAAAACGACAACAAAAGUGCCCUCAAUGCAGCCAGGAUGUGA